GGUGCUGUUUGGGUGAUGUCGAACGCGCAUGCUCAGACUGAGAGCGUAGGCGAGGUCGUCGGGUGUGACAAGAUGAGCGUGACGGGCGAGGAUGAGGCAUUACCUGUUGAGGGUUCAGUGAAAAUUUGCUGUUGUAAGUCAUCAAAUGAACACUCUGCAGAAGGCUCAAUUGAAGAAAUGUUUCUCGACUCCAAAGGGAGGGAGAUUGCAGAGCUAGAGCAGCCAGAAAUAUUGAGCAUGUUACCAAAUUUCGAGGGCAAACGUGUCUUGGAACUUGGAGCUGGAAUUGGCCGGCACACGAAAAACAUUGCUGAAAGGGCAAGCCACGUGACUGCAGUGGACUUCAUGGAAAACUUCAUACAAAAGAACAAGGAGGCAAACGGAAAGCAUCCCCAUGUCGAAUUUCUUUGUGCUGAUGUAACCCAUCUGGAAAGACAGCCUGCCAGCUAUGACAUCAUCUUUUCCAACUGGUUGCUUAUGUAUCUUGGAGAUGAUGAGGUACAGAAGCUGCUCAACAAGAUGCUAAUGUGGCUGGUGGAUGAUGGACAGUUGUUUUUCCACGAGUCAUGCUUUGGACAGUCAGGAGACAAGUCGAGGACAUCUAAUCCAACAUUCUACAGAUCACCAAUGGUUUAUGGUGCUCUCUUGGAUGCAGCCCAUAAUGUUACACCAGACGGAAGCAUCUCCUCCUUUGAGUUGAUGUGGGGCAGGAGCUUGCAGGCGUACAUUCAACUGAAAUCUAAUCCCAACCAGCUUUGUUGGCUGUAUAAGAAAGUAACCAAACCAGGAGUUGCCAAUGGACAUCCAGGAGAGCAUCCCAGCUUCCAACAGUUUCUCGAUAAGCAGCAAUAUUCCCUCAAUGGGAUCCUUCGAUAUGAAAGAAUAUUUGGCAAGGAGUUUAUCAGCACUGGAGGAUUGCAGACAACGAAGGAAUUUGUGCCUUCUCUCAACUUGAAAGUGGGAGAGAAGGUAAUCGAUGUUGGCUGUGGGAUAGGUGGCAGUGCUUUCUACAUGGCAGAGAACUUUGGUGUACAAGUACUCGGUGUUGACUUAUCAGCUAACAUGAUCUCCAUUGCCCAAGAGAGGACACUACAAUAUCAACAGUUGUUUGACAAAGUACAGUUUGAAAUCUGUGAUGUGACAGUGAGAGAAUUCUUACCAGAGACGUUUGAUGUCGUGUACACUAGAGACACCUUGUUGCAUAUUGCAGAUAAGCCAACUCUCUUCAAGAAGUUUUUGUCAUGGUUGAAGCCAGGUGGACGAUUACUCAUCACCGACUACUGCUGUGGAACUGAUCCCUGGACACCGGACUUUGCAGAAUAUGUUAAGCACCGUGGGUAUCACCUCCUGGAUGUCCGGUCAUAUGGAAAGAUUAUUGAAGAAGCUGGGUUCACUAAGGUUGUUGCUGAAGAUAAAACGUCUAUGUUUGUGUCAGUUCUCACCGAGGAAUUGACCAAAUUCAGAAAGGAAAAAGAUUCAUUUAUCAAAGAAUUCACUGCUGAGGAUUAUGAUGCUAUUGUCAGUGGUUGGGCAGCCAAGCUGGAGAGAUGUCAAGUUGGUCAGCAGAAGUGGGGCCUGUUUUUAGCUACAAAGUCAUAAACUAUCAAGAUACUGAUGUUUACUCUGCACUGUUCACAUACCUUGAGUUGUUACCUUUGCUACUGAUGUCAGAUGGAACGGUUGUGGUUGGGAUCUAUUUUUAUUCGGUACCAGGUUUGUUUUGUUGAGUCUGCCACUCAGACUCUGUGUAACUUAAACAUGGCUACUCCAUAUGGAA